CAUUUUUUUUGAAUGAAAUGGGUUGAACAAAUAAAUUAUUUAUAAUUAUUUUAAAUAUAAGUUUUUAUUGCGUCAUUUAUUGACCUACUUUUAAAAAGAAAAACACAGAAAUGCUGACUGAAAUAUAUAAAAAUUUGAUGAUGAGUUCCUUUAGAGAAUUUUUAAAAAAUUCCACAAUAAUGAUGUAAAUUGAAAAAAAUAAAAUCAUUUUUUUUGGUAAAUAAAUUGGAGGCAGGUGCAAAAAGUAUGUAAUAUUUGAAACAAUUGCAUAUAAACUAUAAAUCCUUAUAAGAAUUACUGUGAAUAGUACCUAUCAAAAUGUCUUUGGAACGUGGGAAGCGGCGCAAAUUUUUAUUAUUAGAAGAAUGCUAUGGAAAGAAGAUAACAGAUGACAAUCGACCUACUUCAUUAUUUAACAAAUCAGCCUUAGAGACUGAAGUUCAACUUGUUCCUGGAAGUAUAUUGCAAGAAGUUAAAUCAGAACCAGGAUCACCUUCUUUAUGCGUACAAUCAUUAGAUCAUGAUAAUGUCUACAUGCUAUGCAAUAACACAGAUGUUCAUGAACUGUCUCCUUUUGAGGCUGAGGUUUUAGUUCCUGUUUCUCCUGUUAGAGAUCGUCUUCGUGUUCUGUCAGAUGAUGAUUGGUUGAAAGAAGCUGAAAUGAUUGUUGAAGGUAGUAAUGUGAAUGUAGAUUUAGGAGCAGAUUUAGAUCCAGUUGAAGGAAUAGUUCGCUAUUGUGGAGUUGUGCCAGAGCUUGGUAAAGGCAUUGUUUUUGGAAUUGAACUUCUGGUCCACCCAGAGCAUGGCGUUUGUGAUGGAAGCAUCAAAGGUAAGCGGUAUUUCCAGUGCGCCAGCAACAACGCCAUAUUCGUCGGGAUCAACAGAUUGAGAUUGCAUUUGAGGGGUUAUAAAUAUACACAGAGUGGUAACAUCGUUGAACACGCUGAUCACAGAGAAAGAGAUGGUACUGGAGGUGCAUUGCCAUCUAGCAAACCCCACCCUCUUUCUCUGGAAGCCGCCUGUGCUGAUGGUACGCCACCACCACCUUUACAGCUUGGGGACCGAGUUGUCUGGAUUAGUGACUCUGGUCCUGAAUACGGUGAGGUGAAGUGGCUUGGCAAGCUUUUAGAUGUUGGUACAGACUGGAUGGUAGGGGUAGAAUUUGAUAACCCAGUUGGUACAGGAACAGGAAAAUAUAAUGAUCAUCAACUAUUUGAAGCCAAAUUAAACCAUGCUUCCCUAGUACCAAUUAUUGGUUUGAUGAAAGCUGAUGACUUUCUUGGUGGAGAGAAACUAAGGAUGUCUCUUUUGGCAGGAUCUUCUUUUGGAACUCUGCCUAAAUCAUGUAGGAGAAAAAAGAGUGGAGAGUCAUCUGGAUCAGUGUUCGUGGAAAGAGUAGCUUUAGCUGAUGAGACUGCUCUAAGUUCUGGUACUAGAAGCAACUUAACUAAUAGCCCUGGAAGCAAACGAAAAUUAGCAUCCAUAUCAAAUAGUGUAUCUUCUGAAUCAAAAUCAAAUUCUUUAUCCUGUCGUAGUCCUGAUCUCCUUAAUUCACAUUUAUCAUUAGAAAAUGACGAAAAUUGCUCAAGUGGUUCCUCAGUUAAUCCUUUAUAUGAAAUGGUAACUGAAAAAGGUGUCUCUACAAAUCAAAAAUUGGGUAUUACAAGGUUAGACGACUCAACUUCCAGCAUGGCAAGUGCAUCAACUGUUAGUCGUAAAAGUAGUGCCAAUUAUGUUGCUCGCCAUUCCAGUCAAGAUGGAGCUGAUUUGGAAGUCGGCUCUGUGGUAGAAGUUUUAAUCAACAACAGUCCGUGUUAUGGUGUGAUCCGAUGGAUUGGAGAAAUCCCUGAGGCGAGAGGAAAAUUAGUAGCUGGUAUUGAAAUGGAAGAGGAAAGUUCCAGUUGUACUGAUGGUACAUUUAAUGGGAAAAGAUAUUUUACCUGUUCUCCUAGGAAAGCCUUUUUUGUUCGCCUUAGUCACUGUCGAAAAGAUAGCCGUUUUCUUGAAUCUGAAAAGCGGAAGAGUGCAGUGUUUGGAAGUAUUGAUUGUCCAUCCAUUACUGGUGAUGUUCCACCUCUGUCCAGUCCUGAAGACAUGAAAUUACUUUAUGGGAAAAAUAAAGGCAUCCAAGGACACCAUAAUUCCUGCUAUUUAGAUGCUACUCUUUUUGCUAUGUUUUCAUGUACUGGAGUUUUUGAUUCUAUUCUGCAUAGACCAAAAAACAGUGAUGAUAUUGCUGAAUAUGAUGAGGUCCAAAGAGUUUUAAAAGAAGAAAUAGUGAAUCCUUUGAGAGCCAACUUUUAUGUUCGAGCUGAUCGCGUUAUGGAGCUUAGAAAAAGACUUGAAAGGCUCAGUUCUGUUAGAGGCUUAACUUCUGAAGAAAAAGAUCCAGAAGAAUUCCUUAACUCUUUGCUAAAUCAAAUAUUACGAGCUGAACCUUUCUUAAAAUUAAGUUCUGGUCAAGAAUCGUAUUUUUAUCAAUUAUUUGUUGAAAAGGACGAAAAGCUAGUUUUACCCACUGUACAACAAUUGUUUGAUCAAUCGUUUUUAGCGUCAGAUAUCAAACUUACUGAGGUCCCACCGUGCUUAUUAAUCCAAAUGCCUAGGUUUGGUAAACAAUUUAAAAUGUAUCCUAGAAUAAUACCCAGCCAGUAUCUUGACAUCACAGAUGUGCUAGAAGAUUCCCCUCGACAAUGCAGCAUAUGUGGACAAGUUGCAGAAUAUGAAUGUAAAGAAUGUUAUGGUCAAUUUGGAGAAGGAUUAGACAGUAUUGCUUUCUGCCAAAAAUGUAUGGAUAAAAGCCAUAGCCAUAAGAAACGAACUCGCCAUCACAGUGUGAAGUUAAGCGUACCUCCAGAAUUUCGCAUGCUUAAAGACCAUACUCCUGUUCCAAGAAUAUAUAUGGAACUAUUUGCAGUUGUAUGUAUAGAAACCAGCCAUUAUGUUUGCUUUGUUAAGUGUGGAAGUGGACCUGAUGCUCCCUGGUGUUUCUUUGAUAGUAUGGCUGACAGAAAAGGUGAACAGAAUGGUUAUAAUAUACCAGAAGUAGUGCCUUUUGCAGAUUUAAGAUGGUGGUUGUCAGAAGAAGGCAUGAAUUUCUUAUUAUCAGCUAAAGAUGACAAAGUCUUGCCAGAAAUUACACGGAGACUUCUCUGUGAUGCUUAUAUGUGCAUGUAUCAAAGCCCUGAUGUAAUGAUGUAUCGUUGAUUAUUACAGUUUUCUUUUUUUUCAUGAUCUAGUAAACUAUUAUAGGGCUGGACCCUGAUUUUAUGAUCCUGUUCUCUAUUUUUGGAGAGAUUUGGGAACAGAAAAAUGUAUUUUGCAUUUAGGAGUAAUUACAUUUUUUCGAAUAAAGCUAAGAACAAAACAUGUUAGAAAUUAGAGCCGUCCUUGCGAGGAAAGAUCUGAAGCGCUGAUGAAUGUAAAUAACUGUUAUUUUGUUAAUAAUAAUUUACAGUACACACAAGUGAAAUUUUUUGGGAAAUUAAGAUAAUUUAUCAUAAUGUAUCUUACAAAGGAGUUUCAUUUCAAUAUAUAUUCAUUGUUACUAAGACUUCAUACAUAGUGAAAAAUUAAAGUAUUUUUCAACAUAGUAUGGGAAAAAAAUUUAAUUGUUAAGUAUUCAUAGAGGUAAUAAUAUUUAAAUAAAACAUAUUUGGGUAUUUAAAUUUUUGCUGUAGUUAAAUUCACAGAAUUCUUGCAAUAAGUUCCUGAUGUCAGUAGUUUAGAGAGAUUAACUAGGAUAUCAGAAAUUUUAAUCUGUGAUGAGACCCUCCGAAAAAUUUUAUGUAUAGCUAGCUUGUAUUACUGAGAAAUAAAAAUUAUAUGUUGAAAAAUAAUGAUAGUUUAUUGCAGAUAAUAGAUAGGUUUAAAAUAAAUAUAAUGAAGUUAAUAAUUGCUACUUUUAUUUCAUUGUAAAAUCUUAUGUAUUGUUAUGGACAACAUACUUUUAGACUCAAAUUCUGUGAUGGUACUAUUUCUUUAAUGACAUAUUUAGAAAAUUUAUGUAUAGUAAGUACAGAGUACUUAAAACAUUUUGUAAAUGAUAAAGUUUAAUUUAAUUUGAAAAGUUAACUGUAUAUGCUAUUUUGUUGCUAAGGUUAUACAAUGUUAUUAAAUGUACCUGCAAAAACGAAUGCUCUGGAAUGGUGCACAGUUGCUCAGUAAAAUAUGUUGAAAUUUAAAUGCUUUAUGAAUGUUUUAAUGCUGAUUUAAAGUGACCUAUAUUAAUCUAUUAGCUAACAAUAUUAGUUUCUUAAUUGCAUUGCUUUUUAAGACAGCUUUAAUAUUUUGGAUGAAUAGAAGCUUAAAUAUUUUUGGCUUUUUUAUUUACUGAAGCUGAUACUUGUUUAAAGUAUGCAAAAAAAUUAUUUAAAAAUGUACAAAUUUUUUAGAAUAUGUUAGUUAUGGCAUUAUAAAAGAAUGUGACAUUAUGUACAGUUUUUUUCCAUUAAUGUUGAAAUAAAAUUUAUUAGACUUUU